UAUAGAAGCGGCCUGUACUUUCCAACUUCUCAGUUAGUUGGUUUGGUAGUAUAGUCUUCGCAGUUUGAACUAGCGGUUAUAAUUAUAUACACCACUCGCGUAUUUGCACUGUGCUCGCACUACGAAGCAAUAUCAAAUCAUGAAGCUGCUGAAUAUUCUUGUGUUAUUGGUGUUGGUUGGAUUGUGUUGCGGGCAAUACAUGGAGAGGUUGAGCCGCAGAAAGAGGGAAAGUUGCUUCCCCGAGAGCACAGGCACCACUCCGUUCAUCAAGGAGAUAUUCCUGGGAAGAUGCUUGGAGCUACAGGUGGAGACUGCGAUACCCAACGCUUGCCCACAGAGACCCGUCAACUGUAUGCGCCUGUGGAAACUUUUCCAUGACGCCAUAGCAUACAAGGACCCAUGCGCUAUACCACUGGACGCCUACCGGGACUUCAUUGCAGCAGUGCCUCACCAACUGCCAGCCGAUAAGUCAAUGUUUUGGUCGGGCACCAGUUACAUCGUCCACGAGUACACGGAGGCUGCCAAUGACCUCUUGACCUUGGAAGACACGUUGAUGGGGUACAUGGUAGAUGGUCUCCAGUGGUGCAGCUCCACCAAUCCUUGGUCCACCGGACUCAACUAUUGGGAAUGCCCAGAGUUCUGGCAAGAGGGGUGUGAAGUGGCGUCGACGGCUUUUUAUACUGCGACAUCGUCUGCUAUUGGCCGUCAAGCUACGGGCGUCGUCACCGUCAUGUUGGACGCUACCAGGACAGACGGUGCCUAUCGCAACGACAGUUUCUUCGCCAACUACGAGUUCCCCAACAUGGAUCCAGAGAAGGUUACUCGAGGAGACAUCAUCCUUGUCAAUCGCCUGGGGAAACCUGUCGUUGAGACAUGCGGUACUGGAUCGGUUGCUGUCCUGGAGAGAUUGUUCAAGGAAAAAGGAAUCGAAUGGACAUGCACGGAUAGUGACGAACGUGUGUUUCACAUCCAAUGUUCGAAGGAUCCAACCCACGACGACUGUAUCACACCACCUGACGUGAUGGAGUAGAGCGCCACCAGUCGUCCAAGCUUACUGCCACUUGCUAUGAUCUUGGUCUCCAUGGUAAAAAAGAUACGAUGUAGAACUUGACAAUUCAAGUUACCAAAUUAGGCCUUGUUAAUUCACAUUUUGUUUAAUGUUAAAGUUUAGAGAGUUCUAUUGUUUAAAAAACAUUUUAUAACGCAGGACGAAGUUUCCCUGGUAUGCAAUUACUCAGAAUGUGCGAUAAAAGCAACGCGAACCAGUGAGGUAUACACUGUAUUUUUCUUUACUAUAAGGCCAAAAAAAAAAGUCUCCGGUUUCUGGUAUGGAGCUUGCCCAAAAAGUGGUGCGGCGACGCGGCUUUU